AGCAACGUGUCUGUGUUUAACAGGUUUAAACUUAACCCUUUUCCCUUAAAACAUGGGUGAUAACAACAACAAAGGAAAAGUCAUAGAAGAAGCCUUUAACUACAAAAACAACAACAAUUUCACAUCUCCUCAAGAUCACGAAGUAAUCAAAGAACAAGAUCGUUUACUUCCAAUAGCUAAUGUUGGAAGAAUCAUGAAACAAAUCUUGCCACCAAAUGCAAAAAUCUCUAAAGAAGCUAAAGAAACCAUGCAAGAGUGUGUUUCUGAGUUUGUUAGCUUUGUAACUGGCGAAGCAUCUGACAAGUGUCACAAGGAGAAGAGAAAGACAGUUAAUGGUGAUGAUGUUUGUUGGGCCAUGACAAAUCUAGGGUUUGAUGAUUACUCUGAGCCACUCAAAAGGUAUUUGUAUAAGUAUAGAGAAUUCGAUGUGGAAAGAGGAAAUCAAAGUAAGGGUAACAAUAUUAACAAUAGUGAUGAAAUUGAAACAUAUAAUUAUGAUGAUGAUAAGUCACAAACUCAAGGAACUAGUAAUAGGAACCUUGGACCUAAGUCUAGGGGAUUUUGAAACUAAGAUUUUUUUAUUUUUUUUUCUAGUUUUCUCCUAAUUUUUAGAUCUAUAUAUUCUAAAAUGUUUUGUUUUUUUGGGUUGACUGAUCUAUCCUUAUGUGAUAGGAGUUGUGUAAUGAAAUAUAUGUAUUGUAUACCCAUGUAUUUUAAUUUUAGUGGUGAUAUUUUGUUCAAGUUCAAAAUAAUUGGGUUUGAGACAAGAAGAAAAAAUUUAAACUUCUUCUUAGUACUGGUUUCUAGCUAAGACAAAGGACGAACAUCAUCUAUUUUGUGAGUGGUGUGUUGAUUUUAUUGAUUGUGAUAUUUUAAGAGAAUAGAUCCUAAAAUAAAAUAUAUUAUGCAAGGUUCUCUUAUAUAAUCUGCACUUCUCUGUGUCUUCCUUUCGUUGUGGUUUAUCUGGAUUUUGAGUAGCCUAUUUGAGAAAAAAAAAAGUAACUUGUGAAAAUAGCAUGUGAAUUAUU